GAUUACCCAAACUCCCUCACUUGAAUACUACCACUCUACUAGUCUGCUACUGCCUCACGGCCUCAAUUCCUCAAAUCAAUUCACUCAUCACUCAUCACUCAUCACUCAUCAGUAUCAUAGCAUCACUCAUCAUCAUCACCCUCGACACUGCCUCCCACUCCCACCGACUCGACACUCGACAGCCACCGGCCCAUCGCGACAGAUCUUCUCCCCUCUCCUCACAGGCGGCUGGAGUGGCGGAUUUGAGGUCAUUUAGAUAUGCAAAAUAAAAUGAAUAGAAAAUUUGGAGGUGGAAAAUUAGCAACUGGAACACCGUCGUUGGGAUGGUCUUGUGUGGUGGUUGUUUGUUCUCUUCUUGGUGGAGCUUCCAUUGUUCAUAACAUUUACAAACCUAACCUUACGUUACCGCCUCUGGAAGAAGUGAGCAAGGAUAAGCAAAAGGAAAAGCCAUGAUUUCAUCUUUGUUGCUGUCUAUCCUUAUGUAGUUUCUUUCUUUAACUCCAUAAAUGAAGAUCUCCGUUGUAACACGAAGUGGGAAAGAGCUCUUCAAAGGCGGAGUAGAGCUCAAUGAUUCGGCUACAGUUGCUGAUCUACAGGAGGCAAUUCAUAAGAAAAUCAAGAAAUUCUAUCCCUCCAGGCAACGACUAACUCUUCCUGUCGAUCCGGGAUCAAAAACAAGGCCCACUGUUCUCAACGGCAAGAGGAGUCUCAAAGAGUACACCAAUGGUAAUUCCAACAAGUUAACUGUAGUGUUUAAAGACUUAGGACCCCAAGUUUCCUACCGUACACUAUUCUUUUGGGAAUACCUAGGUCCUUUGAUCAUCUAUCCCAUUUUUCACUACUUCCCGGUUUAUCAGUACUUAGGCUACAAAGAGCAACGCGUCAUAUAUCCUGUUCAGACGUAUGCUUGUUAUUACUGGUGUUUUCACUAUUUCAAACGAAUCAUGGAAACAUUUUUUGUACAUCGCUUCAGCCAUGCAACGUCUCCCCUAUCGAAUGUGUUCCGCAACUGCUUGUAUUACUGGAGUUUUGGGGCUUUCAUUGCUUAUUAUGUGAAUCACCCACUCUACACCCCCGUUAGUGAACUUCAGUGGAAGAUUGGAUUUGGAUUCGGAUUGAUCUGCCAACUUUCGAACUUCUACUGCCAUAUCUUGCUAAAGAAUCUUCGAGACCCUAAUGGAAGCGGAGGUUACCAGAUACCUCGUGGGUUUUUGUUCAAUAUUGUGACCUGUGCGAACUACACCACGGAAAUAUAUCAGUGGAUCGGCUUCAACAUUGCAACCCAAACUGUAGCGGGCUAUGUCUUUGUUGUGGUCGCUGCCGGAAUUAUGACUAACUGGGCACUCGCAAAGCACCGACGUCUAAAAAAGUUAUUCGACGGUAAGGAUGGAAGACCCAAAUACCCACGCCGAUGGGUGAUAUUGCCUCCAUUCCUGUAAAGCACUCUUUCAACCAGAGCGAUAACUAAAGUUACCAGCUUCAUUAUCAAGUUUUCCGGGCUCUUUUCGGUCGCGACUUCCUCGUGACGAGGGUAUUGCUCCGCCAUAUUUUUCAUCCUUUCCAGCCUAACCUCUGGACAAGACUCUUUAGGAUGAUGAUGAGGUCUUUAGUGUAGUUAUCAAUCUUAAAUCAUUGAAGCAAAAUAUCAAGCUUUUAUUGCUUCCCAUCUUUUAGGAUGUAUUAGUUUUUUAAAUUAAAUCAAUUGGAUUGCAUAUUUAUUAAUCUUUUAACAAUUUUUAGUUGCUUUACUUUAUAUCAA